CGGAAAACGUGAUGCGCGCGCGGAGGAUCUUGUCAUGCGAGAAGUGUGUUGACCUUCAUAUCAAGCUGUGGCAGACGUGCUCAGUGCCAAGACUGCAUGGUUAGAUUGGAUUCAUAUGCCUAGAGUAGAAUGGAGAGGGCAAAAGAGAAGUCAAAGCUCCCAGGUCCAUGUGUUUUGUGGCCUAUAGAGCUGAAGCUGACUCACAUUGACUGCAGUCCUGAAGAUACCUUGGUACACUUUCAGGGCCAAUAUAUGACCAUCUGUGAACUGGACUACAACAUUCUUCAAGUUGAAAUUCAAAAUGCUGUGAAAUCAAACGUUCCUGUUAAAGUUGGAGAGCUUUGUAUGGUAGAAGAUGUGUCUGGUCGCUGGUUCAGAGGAAGAGUGCAAAACAUCCAGAAGGAUUUGUUCCACGUGUUUUUGCUGGACCAUGGAGAUGUAUUGAUUGUUGGGCCCAGCCAUUUGUCCUGUAUAUCUGACACACUGCUUAUGCUCCCACCAAAGAUUGUCUGCGGCUUCUUUGCCAACAUACUGCCAGUCCAGAACCAAUGGAACAGUUUGACAGAGAGUUAUUUCUCGUCCUUGAUAGGCAGUCAAAUUAAAGGAUACAUCCAUGCUCGUCUGCCAUACCAUGUCCUCCUACUUGAAGUUCCAGACAUUAAUUGUGACUUGUUAAAACUGAGGCUUGGGAGACAUGUGGACACUAGUACAUUUCUGCUGCUAGUUGAGAUGCUUAUUGAGGAACCGAUUCCACAAAGCAAUGAAUCUGUCCCAGAUCUCUUGAUUGAAAACCAGAUAGGGCAAGAAUGUUGCCUCAAAUCCUCAAGUGUGCUGGGCUUUGAUGAGAUUCUGUCGCUAAGUGGCCAGAAGCUGAAAGUUGGUCAAAAAGUAAGAGUCGUCGUAGCUGCAGCUACGAACCCCAGAUUAUUCUAUUGUCGACUGUCAUCCAUGAGCAAGGAUCUACAAGAAAUGUCAAACAGAUUGGGAGUUGCAUGUGAAUCAGGCUGUGGUUCCCUAAACAGUAAAUCACUUGAAAAUCUCGGCUUGCUCUGUGCAGUCAAAGGGAAAGAUGACAAAUGGCACAGAGGGUUUGUGCAAUGUCUCCCUCUUAACUCUCAGGUCCAAGUUGUAUUUGUUGACAGUGGCUAUUGUGAAUCGGUAAAAGUAGAAAACAUCCUUCAGCUACCAUCAGAAUUCCUGUCAACACCGAUCAUGGCAUUCCCAUGUUCACUUUCAAGCUUGGAAAAACAAGAAGAGACCAUUAAAAACCAACAGCUAGAGCUUCUCAAGACUGGGUUGCUGGGGAAGGCGUUGGAGGCUGAAAUCGAGGACAUUCACAAAGAUCAGAACAUCUACUUGGUCACACUGAGCACUGAUGAGAAGCACUCAGAUGAGCAAGCUGAAGUUAAACCACUUGAAAGUGAAUUGUUUGACAGCAAGUCCAACUUUCUCCACAAUGCCUUUGAAAAGAUCUCUGCAACAGAGAUAAAAGGAAUCCAGACUUCUGAUACAUUUGUUAGUCAAGAAAUACCUGACGGUUCUUUUUUUGAGGGUUAUGUGGUGCACGUCCAGAAUCCAAAACAUUUCUGGAUAAGGACAAAAGAACAAAAUCCUGAUUUCGAAAACAUAACCAAAGACAUCAAAGAUUACUUCAGCAAACUACAACUGAAUGAGGAGAUUUUUGAAGACCCAGUGCCCGGUGCGCUUUGCUGUGCAAUGUAUGAAACAGACAUGCAAUACUACAGAGCUCUUGUCGUAGAUACUUUGGAAAAAGGAGCUAAGGUGUUUUUCAUUGACUUCGGGAACACUGAAAAGGUUCCAAGCAUGUUAAUUAAGAAGCUUCCCAAAAAGUUUGCUAUUCAACCAGAAUUUGCACUAAAAUGUACGUUAGCACAUGUCGCUCCCAUUGAGGACAUUUGGACAACCACAGCAUGCAACUUCUUUAGGCAAGUCACAUCAGACAAAACUUUAAUGGUUCAUGUCAUUCACAUGAAAAAUGGCAAAUAUGUUGUUGAUCUUUUUGAGAGAAGAGCUGAAAGUAAUACUAGCAUUGCAACCAUCAUGACAACAGCAAAAAUGGCUCUGGAUUGGAGAUACAACCCGGCACUGGCAUCUGUUAAAAUGAAUCUGUCAUAUAAAAAUAAGGAAAUUGGUCUGAGCAAGAAAAAAAUUAAAAAGGACUGUCAUGUGGUGACCUUUUGCAAAGUUACAUCUUCUAUGCCCAACCCAUAUCAAGUGAAACCAGAAUGUGAACCACAGAAGGAUGCUGAAAGAUGCACUGCCAGUGAGACAACCAAACCUAAGGUCAUUUCUGCUGAUGCUUUCAAACAGAUACAUUUAAAACCUGGAUCUGAAUUAAGUGUAAUUUGCUCACACAUAAAUUCUCCAUCAGAUUUUUGGUGCCAAAGUGAAAGCGCAAAAGUUGAUCUUGACAAAUUGAUGGAAGACAUGCAGGCAUUUUACCAAAUGCACACAAUUGUGUUCAAGUCUCCUGCAGUAUGCUGUGCUGUAAAGUCUCCGCAGGACAACCGAUGGCAUAGAGCAUGCGUGUUAGAAGAAAAAAAUGAAGAACUGUAUUUGAUGUUGGUUGACUUUGGCGUAAUUAUCCAGGAAAAGAAGCUAAAUAUCCAAGCUCUUGCUCCACAGUUCUUCAGACUUCAAGAACAAGCAUUCCGAUGCACUUUGUACAUGAUUGAACCUGUUGGAGGUUCUUGGAGUGCAGAAGCAUGCAAUUUGUUCAGGGAUUUUGUGUCUGAGGGUUCGCCCUGUAUAUGCAGAAUUCAUUCCCACCUUUAUGAGCAAGGAAAAGGUCUCCUCUAUGUGGUCACCAUUCAUACACCACUUCAACAUGCCAUGACUUACCUUGUAGAGAAGGGCUUUGCAAAGAAAAUGCAAACUCGAAAGCAGCUACCCUCAUCAGCCCACCCUCGCUCGUUUGUUUAUUCUUCUUUCAACAUAACUUCUGGAAGUAAAGAACUGGUGCAUGUUACUCAAGUUCGCAGUCCUUGGGAAAUCUAUUUCCAGCUUGACAGGAAUACAGAGAUCCUUCGUAUGCUGAUGGAGAGAGCUGCCAAAGAAAGUCAACACUUGACCAUGACAUCUGGGGACUGCAGUGGUAAUGUUUGCCUGGCCAAAUAUAUCUGCGAUGGCAAUUGGUACAGGGCUCUGACGCAUCCUGUACAAUCCCAUCAGCACAUGGGUGUGUUCUUUGUCGAUUAUGGUGAUAUGCAGAUUUCUGAGAAAGCAAAUGUUAUGCCGAUUCCCACAACAGCAGCGGACCUAUUGAUGACACCAAUGCAGGCUCUGAGAUGCAGUCUUUCGAAUGUUCCAGAAGGGGAACAUUUGCCAGAAGUCAACAUGUGGCUUGAGACUGACAUGCUCAACAAAUCCUUCCAUGCCGAGUUUGUUUCAAGGGACAAAAAUGGACAUUUUGUUUGCAAUCUUUAUGAUGGAAAUGUGCAUGUCAAUGAAAAAGUCAAAGAACUCUUGUCAACUCAGGGUGUGGAAGAACAUAAUCCAGCUGUCAGAAUACCUGCAUUAGAUUCCCACAAAGAAGAAGUGGAUGUUGAGGUUUCAAAGAGUAAAGUAAACUCCAAAGCAAGGGGACAUGGUAAAACCAAACAGACUGAUAAGAAACCUCCAAAGCAGUCUUCCAAAACAGAAUGCAAAGGAUCAAUAAAAGCAGAAAGUCAGGACAAGCCCUGCUCCACUGAAGUGGUGCUGCCUCAUCAGAUCUUGCCAAAACUUGGCGAUCUUCCUUCUGUCAAAAUGCAACCAGGUUGUAAAGGUGUGGGCUUUGUCUCUCAUUUCAGUUCUGUCAGAAGCUUCUUUGUUCAGAUGCAAGACGAUGAACCGAACAUCCUUCAGAUGGGUGAGGAAUUAAACAGCUCUGUCUUCAAGGAUGACAUAAAAAAUGUGGAAACUGAAAUAAAAGAAGGGGACCUCGUUGUGGCUGAGUAUGAAGAAGACUUGGCUUUGUACAGAGCUGUUGUCAUUAAUGCAUCAAACUGUAUCCAUUUAGCAGUUGAGUUUAUAGAUUACGGCAAUAUUGCAACUGUCAACAGGAAGAACGUUCACAUGCUAACAAAUAAAUUUUUGUCUCAGCCCAGAUUGAGCACUCCAUGCACACUUGCGAAACCUUACUCUUUUGAAAACAAUGACUCUUUUAUCAAGGAAGCAGUUGGUAAGCCUUUAGUGGUUGAAUUCAUUCAAAAGCUUGAAAAUUCAUGGGAAGUGAGGAUUGAGAUUGUUGAGGAUGGCAAUGUGCAUAGGGUAUCAAAGUAUGAUAGUGAUCAAAGCAAAGAUGUAGAUUUGGCUAGUCAAGACAAGUUUCCAAAAGCAUUCCAGAGUAUCAACCAAACUGAUUCUUGCAUACACAAGUCUCAAGCAGUUAAAUCCUUCCAGCAAAAGACCAAUUCAUACACACAGCACUGCCAAUAUGAACUUAAAAACACUCUGACACAAAUGAGAACCUGUCAGCAAAAGACCAAGCCAAACACACAACAAUGCAAAGGUGAAUUUGCAAAAAAUCAGACAGUUGCAACAAAACAAAUAAAAAAAGCAGUCAAUUUCUUACCGACAUGCAUCAAUACUAAAGAGUUUUCGAAAAAGAAAACGAGAAAGAGAACAAAAAGUGCAAAGGCUAGCAUCCAACCACCAACUGCAACAAGAAUUUUAGUGACUAAAAAUUCAAGCAUGUUGCAAGAAAAUGUUUUACUUUGUAAUGCUAAUCGCCUUGAAACCUCUAAGUCCUCUGUUAGCGUGGCUCUGCAAGAUGCGAAGGAGUCGGUGAAAAGUCCUGAUAAGUCACUUGACCAUCCUCGCCUCCAAGACAUGUCUUCAAAGAGCAGCUUGAAUCGACCACAGACUCUAUUCCAGGCCCCUGUCCGAAUGAACUUUGAAUAUAAAGGAUUUGCGGCAGCCGUCACCACCCCAUCCGAAUUUUACGUCAUUCUCGAAGACCUGCUUUUGAUUGCUGAUACAGUCUCUGCCAUUCUCGAGAACCUUCCCCAAGUGUUGGCGCCAUUACCGGAGGUUCAUUUCGUUCCUGGGGUGAGCUGUUUGGUGAAAUCAGCGGAGAAGCAAAAAUGGUGCAGGGCAGAGAUCGUGCAGUGUGAUUCCACUUCGGUGCUCAUUAACUUGGUUGACUAUGGUCAGUAUGUCGUUCUGUCUGAACGGGAUGUUGGCCAGCUAAAAAAACUCCCAGAAGAGCUCAGUAGAUUACCUAAAGUCACCUACCAUUGUUUACUCAGGGGAGUUAAGCCCAAAGGCCAGGACUGGUCUGAUGAUGCCAUUGUUUUCUUCCAGAACUGUAUGUGUGAUGGCAACCUUCAGAUACGCUUCAGACAGCAUGUUUCUGAGACACAAUGGGAGGUCGACAUUGUCACCACUGAAAAGCAAAACCUUGCAAAAGAGCUAGUAGAUGCUGAUCAUGCCAUGUAUAUCGAUAAUAUGCUUGGAAUCAGGUUUCAGCAAGAGCAAGAAUCAAACAGGGAAUAUAAACAAGACAUGUCCAACAGUCCGAAUGUUUUGUUCAUGAUAACGGAGCAAAGAAAAUCCGAAUGUUCUCAGCCACUUUUUUCGAAGGAUCAGAAGUCAUCUCAAGAUUCUGUUGGGGAGCAAAACACACACCCUACGAACAGCAGUGAAGAUCUCCGACCUGUAAAGAGGGAAACGCUUAGUACAUCAGGUAUCAAACAAUGUGAGCUGAUGUGAGAUGGCCUAUGCUUCAACAGAGAUGCUGGCGAGUUAUGCUCGACGUUGCACUUAAAGAACAGUCCGGCUUUGGAGCGGCUGGAUUUAAUUGUUUAUUUUUUGUUUCAGUAGUGGUGUUCUCGAAGUUCGUUUGUGGAAAUGAAGCAUUUUGUUUGCAAUACAGUGUGUUUUGUUCAAACGUAAUCGUUGGAGUAAGAUUUUAACCAUGUUUUUGAUUUAAAAAAAAGUUUUAGAACUAAAGACUGGAUUUCCAGCUUUUUUGUGCAACUGUAAAUGGGCAAUCAACUGAUGAAAUAUACAGUCAGUUUAUUGAUUGCUUUUGGCUAUGAUGGCAAAGUUUCGACCAGCAAAAGUUUAUUUAGUAAUUAUAAGAACUGACAUUUGACCUCAGUUUGAUUGUGUUGUUUGACACAUUUUUUGUGUGUGAAAAUGUUAACGUUUGUAGUUGUG